AGGCAAACGCCAAGAGAAGGCUUCCUCCCAAAGCCUUCCAAGCCAGACACACGGCCGCCGCAGCCGAGAUGGCCGCCGGAGAUGCCACCCACGCGCCGCCGGCCGCGGAGGCGCAGUCUCUGGUGGAUUCGUUCUGCGCAGUCACCUCGGCGACCCCCGACGAGGCGACCUUCUUCCUCGAGGGCCACAACUGGGCCCUCGAGGCCGCCGUCCGCUCCUUCUACGACAACACGGAAGUCGACGCCGAUGGCCCCGAUCCGGCACCCCAGCCCCCGCCAGCCGGUUCGCCUCCGUGCUCCUCACCACGCGCCACGGCACCAUCGACGACCUCCUUCACACCGGCGAGCUCGCGCUAUGUUCAGUGGUGCUAAUGUCCGGGCUCAUCAUAAUCCUGAGCAGCGCCGCCAAGAUCACUCACCAGGUGCAGGCCCUCAUGGGCCAGACCACCAAGUGGCACGCCUGCUGCACCAUCGAGCCGGUCCCGGACGACGAGAUAGAUCCGGGAUCCAACCAGAACUCCAUGCUGGAGGAGUACCCCGAGCCCGAGGACGAGAGCGACUGUGAGUCCAGCGAGGAGACCGGCGACGAGGACAUGGUGGAGAACACCAAGUUCCUCCAGCCUCACAUGCACGUGAUCUCCUUCCAGAAGAGGCAGGCACUAGUGACCUUCCUGGAGAACAACAACGCCGGCAUCACCGUCUUCGGGUUCACGCUGGACCGGUCGUACCUCCACACGAUAUUCAUGCUCGAGUGGACGUUCUUCCUGUGGCUGCUGGGGAAAACAGUCGGCUUCUCGUGAAGACGAGGGACUGUAUGCACCAAGGUUCUAUUCUGUUCCAUGUUUUUUUGCUGUUGUGCUCCGUUUGAUCCUUGUGUGAAAAGAGAAGGAGUACGGGUUCUGCUCGUUUUUCUAGCCAGAGUAGACACCGUAUCCGUGGCCUGGCCCGUAUGGCCCGCAAAAAGUCUCUCCCCACCGCUAUAUAUGCGGUUUCACUGCUCGGAUACGGGUCAAACCUCGUAAAAGGGCCGAACCCGUAUAAUUCCGGCGAGUAUACGGGUUCGGCCUGUUUUUCUGGCCAGAGUAGACACCGUAUCCGCGGCCCGGCCCUAAAAAAUUUACUGUGGCCCGCAAAAAGUCUCUCCCCACCACUAUAUAUGCCCCACUGCUAUAUAUGUGGUUUCACCGCUCGGAUACAGGUCAAACCCUAUCCGCCUUCGCCGCCGCUCCGCUGCGAU